AUGGCAGCUGCUUUUGCUGGGAGCGCCGCCAAGGACGUCGAGAACCUCCGGCCGCCUGAAGAAGUCCAUCUCGCCCAUGAUGGCACUCGUCGCCGCGACGACGACCGACCGCGCCAUGCCCAGUCCCAAACCUCUCUCCGAUCCCAAUCCCAGAUCGCCUCAGUCCCCUCCAACACCGGCCCAGUCCCUCCUGAUGUCGCCGAUGAACUGGCCUGGGGCCCCGCGCACCCCUGUUUCCCUCACUUUAACCCGCACGUUCCCAUCGGUUCGGAAGAAUACCUCACAACCCGAGUCAUUCGCAUUCGCCGCGACUGGAUGAUCAAGGGUGAUUUGGCGCCGACGUUCUCUAAUUUGUAUCCCGAGAUUUUGGAUCCAUUGCUGUCAGAGCAAGAGUUCCGGAAAGUGAUCGCUACUGUCAACGAGGGCCUCGUCAAGGCCUUUGACCCGUUCAGCUUACGAAACUGGUUCGACGGAGCAAUUGGGCUCCUAACUGGUUGGAUCUGGGACGAUAUGAAUGCCUCGACAAUCAAGGGCCAAUUGCAACAAGUGGAGUCCUGGCUGGAGAAGUGGAAUCGUGAAGUUGGCGCCAAGGACGGUGUGCACAUCUGGAGCCUGCGCCGCUCUGCAUACAUGUCCCUUGAUAUCCAGAUUCCAGACCCCAAGGUCGGCAUUGUGCCGAGCGAGGGUCCGUCCAUGCCGAAUACCAGGCCUAGCACAGGUGUAGGGCCUGGCAAUUGA